UCGAAUUAUAUUGCACCAAUGAGAUUUUCCAUCUCAUCCAAUCCUUGUGUUUGAUGACGUCAUAGCUGCUUUAAACGUCAUGCCUAAACUUUUCAUUAAAUUCAGAAACAGUACGUUAAGUCAUAUGAGCAUUUUUUUCCAACAACAAAAUAACAACAACGCCAUUGUUGAUGUGUACGCGACGUGCGGUGAGUGCGAGUGUCUUGUAAUUAGUGAAAAAUGUUUGACUUGGCUAUUAAAGAUUUAAGGACGAAAUAAGUAUGGUUUGUUUUGUAAUGCAAACCAUUAUGAUAGAUCGAUCUUCAAUGUUAAGUGGUUUGCUCAGGCUAUACUGGUAUAUACAUGAGAAGGGCCCUUCUGUUGCUGCUAGUGUUAGUAUACAAACAUAAAUCGCUUGUUUACGAAUUUUUACCAUUGUUUUAUCUGGUCAUCAAUGUGCAGUAGAUAACGAUCGCUGCGAACUUUUCAUUAGAUUGAAAGAUAAACCAGUAAAACAUCAUUGCAAAAUGAUUUUAAUUUUAACUUUGAGAACUCUGAUGGCGAUAACUUGGCAGCAUUGCAAAUAUCCCCAGUUGUAUUUCGUUAUUGCGGCGCAUCUUAUUCUUAGUCAGUGUUUUGGCUUGCCCUCCUUGAAUUCAACUGGUGAUUUAACAUUUUGUGAGAAAUACAAUGAAACUAUGUGCAAGAAUAGUAGUAAUGGUGAAGGAUGCAAUAGUACUGAAGAAUGUAAGCCUGCUGAAAAUGAAAAGGGCAACUGCUAUGUAUUAUGGCAAAAUAACAGUAAAUCUUUUACUAUUAAGUUGAAAGGUUGUUGGGUUCCAAGUCAUGAUGGAUGCAGCAGUGGUAACAGAUGUGUUGAAACCAGGCGUGAACCAAAUGUACAACUUCUUUUUUGCUGUUGUGAAGGAUCUAUGUGCAAUCAGAAGAUGACUAUAUCUACUAGUCUUUUUACUCCAACUGCUGUGACCAAAACAAGCACAGUAGCACCUGUUAGUCGAGCUUCUAAUAGUCAUGAUGAAGUCAUUCAUAUUUUGGUUUACACUCUUCUGCCUAUUCUUGUCAUAGCAUCUUUUAUUUCUGUUGGUUACUUGUGGUACAGAAAACACAAGAUGAGAGUUUUCAAUGAAUUACCAACAACUGAUCCAUCUCCUCUUCCACCUCCAUCUCCACUGUUGGGGUUGCGUCCAAUUCAGCUCAUCGAAGUUAAAGCUCAAGGCAGAUUUGGUGCUGUGUGGAAAGCUAUGUUAAAUAAUGAACCAGUUGCAGUUAAAAUAUUUCCACCCCAGGAUAAGAAUUCAUGGCAAGAGGAACAAAGCAUGUAUAAACAACCUCAAAUGAGCCAUGAAAAUAUUUUGCAUUACAUUGGUGUUGAAAGACAUGGGGAACAUAUGCAAGUUGAAUACUGGCUUAUAACUGCUUACCAUGAUAAAGGAUCACUUUGUGAUUAUUUAAAGGCUAAUCUUGUAAGUUGGGGAGAAGUACUUAGUAUUGCUGAUUCCAUAUCUAAAGGCUUGAUGCACCUGCAUGAAGAAAUUCCUGGCCACAAAGGAGGAAAGUAUAAGCCAGCCAUGGCCCAUCGGGAUUUUAAGAGUAAAAAUGUUCUUAUUAAAAAUGACAUGAGUGCCUGUAUUGCUGAUUUUGGUUUAGCUUUAGUGUUUGAGCAAGGGAAACCAAUUGGUGAAGCUCAUGGACAGGUUGGCACUCGAAGGUAUAUGGCUCCUGAAGUUUUAGAAGGUGCUAUUAAUUUUAAUAGAGAUGCAUUCUUGCGCAUUGAUAUGUAUGCUUGUGGAUUAGUUCUUUGGGAAUUAUUGUCUAGAUGUUCUGCUCAAGAAGGUCCUGUAGAUCAAUACAUGUUACCUUUUGAGGAUACUGUUGGUCAACAUCCUACUUUGGAAGACAUGCAAGAAGCUGUGUGUCAAAAGAAGUUAAGACCAAAAUUUAAAGAUUACUGGAGAAAACAUCCCGGAAUUAGCUCAUUAUGUGACACAAUUGAAGAGUGUUUUGACCAAGAUGCAGAAGCUAGGCUUUCUGCUAGCUGUGUCCAAGAGAGAAUAAGCUUCUUGUACAAAACUCAGCCUCCUUAUCCAAGAACACAAAUGAGCAUGGUAAAAGAAAUAUCAUGUUCUACUGCUACCUCAAAUAUUUGCCCAGAUAUUGAGCCAGUUUCUAGAUCUCCUCCAAUUUUACCGCCAAAAGAAUCUAGUAUAUAGAAUGUACAAAAAGAAACACUGCUUUGCCAUGUACUGGAUAUUGGUCAGUGAUUAAAAGAGUUCUCUUCUCAAAAUGGAUGUAACUCAGCUUGGAAGUACAGACUAAAACUAUAUGCUCUUUCUAAAAUAUCUCUUGUAAUUCACAAGAUUUCCUUGUGCCUUCUAUCAAGCUAGUACAAGUUUAUCACUACAGUCAGUUCUACUCUGAUAAGUAAUUGCUCUUCUUAAUACUAGCCUGUGCAGGGGGAAAGGGAAAAGUUUUACAUAAUAUCUUCGUCAUUUUAAACUCUGUUUAUCAUUACAGUGUACCCAUCCAAAAUCUGUUACAUUUUCCAGAAAAAUAAAACAAUUUAAAUUAUGUAAAUUAAAUAGUUUAUUUUAGGAGUGACACUUUUUAUGCUAUGAACAACAAGAAAAAGUUUCUUAAAAUUUGAAUGAAUUUUAUUGAUUUGAUUUUUAUAAUUAGAUAUUUACCUCUCUUAUUGUUUUAUGACUAAAAAAAAUUUUUUAUUGCUGAUGUAACAAUCAAAUUGCUAUACUUUUAAUUACUGUUAUCUAAGUACUAUGUUUAAAUGUAAAAAUGAAGUUAUAUUAUCGUUAACACAAAACUUUUAGAGAUAUAAUAUGAUUUUUGAAUGCAUGUGUGUAUAAGUCUUCUGAGUUGUAGUCACUUCUUAAACUGGAAUCUUAUGUGGGUUUUAUUAUUGAUCCAUUUUUGUGAACUUUAAGUCGAUGCUUGACACUGAGCUAAGUUUAAGCUCAAGCACUAAAGAUCUGAGAUUACAAAACUAUUAGUUGCUCUUAUGAAUGUUCCUAUUAUUAACAUGGCCUCUGUGGCAUGCUGCCUGUACCUGAAUUCUAAAAUGGCAGGGAUUGCAUUUUAGUUCAUUGCAUCAUUAUGGGAAAGAUGCCCUGAUUUCCCCCUCUGAAAAAUUUGAACUUUAAAGGAGGUAGAAACGAAUGUACAGAGUUAUGUGUCUUAUAAGGUAAAUAGCUAAUGUGUAAACAACAACCGAAUUACUUAUGAAAUGUUUGACAUUAUGGACAAAAUCUAUACCUGACAGCAAGUGCCAAAGUUAAGUUCCAUACAAAAUUGUUAGUAUGUAGAUGUUUUUCUUUUUUCUUCUUUGUCUGUUGCAUUAUCUUUAAAUGAAUAAUUUAUGAUAUGCAGAAUUAUCAUUAACUUCAUCUCAAAUCUUCAGAUAAAAUAGUAUUUUUAAACUCAAUAUUUUUUUUUACAUUGCGAAAAUAGCUUUAUUUAUACUCAAUUUGAAAAACUUAAAUGCUUGCUACAAAUUUCUUAAUCAGGCUUAGGUGGAUAUUAAAAAUAUCAUUUUUUUAAAUGAAAAUAUAUAUAUAUANAUAUGUAUAUAUAUAUAUAUAUAAAUAAAUAAAACAUACAUAUGAAAACAUGUUGACUGUUUCAUACCAAGAAUGCUUACAAACUUACACAAAAUCAGUUUAAAAGUUCAAGUUUGUUAAAAUAUUAAGAUGUUUCAGGAAGAAACAAGGAUGGACUGAAAAAUUCAUAACUACUUCAUACAUACCCUUAUUUAUAAUUUUAUUACUACCUCUGUUUACUUCUUCUAGGAGCAUUUUUGUUUCAUACUACUUAAAUAAGCAUUCAAUUAUUUAAGUGUUUUACAUGUAGGUGAUUUGUAGUUUAUUUCCAAAUUUAGAUUCUGGUUUGCUAACUUACAGAAAAUUUCCAAAUACCUUUAAAAAAUAAAGUUUGUUCAAUUUUCUUACCUAUAUUUAUUUUUCAUUUUGAAAUAAAUUUAAUCCCUGAAAGUAUUUCUUCGCAUUUUACUAAAGUAUCUCUUGUAUCACUUUUAAUAUUGUCAAUAUUUAAAAUAACAAAAAAUAUAUAAUUACAAGAUAAUUCUGAGCUGGAAAUUCAUAAAACAGGUUUUGCAGUCAACAUGUUAAAUAAGUUUUUAAUACAGUGCUUCUUGAAAUAUGUUUAGUGAGAAGAAUGGAACUCUGCUGGUCAGUUGUUUCAUCACUUCCUUCCUACUUGUAAACUUUAAAUUUUUUUUUUAAAAUUUUAAUUAGUAAAUAUUCUGAUAAUAAGCAUUAUAAAUCAUUUGACCUCUUCAUUUUGUUUAUCAAAUGUACAGCAGUUUUGUUUUUGUAUUCUUAUCUCUUUUAACCACUGAUAUCAUAUAUUUGUAAUUUUUUUAAAAUUUCUUAAUAACUGAAUUGAAAGAUAAUGUAUUUUAUUUUAGUAACAUAUGUAUACACAUACAUCCACACACACAUAUAUAAUGCAUGAUAUCAUAUUAAUAUGAUAGAACCUCAUUUCACAUUUAGAGCACAUAGUUUAACAUCUUAGACAUUGAGCAAAUAAAAAACUUUUAAAAUGCAAAAUACGAAAAUCAAAAUAACAUUAAAACUAUGCAACUUACAUUAACUAUCCUUUACUGAUCAGUUUUUGAGAACAAUAAUGUUUAUUACUUUUAAACUGCAGUAAUGUUUAAAUUUAUUUAGGCGAGUUUAAUUUAAUUAUCAGCCUUCUUUCUUGCAAAGGUUCAAACUGAUUAAAAUAAUUAUGGAAUCUAUGUUGAGAAAAAAUUCAAUUGUUGUAUAAACACUCAUGAAGUUAUACAUGUACAAACUUUAGUCCAAAUGCCAGUUUCUCACAAAUAUCUCUCUCUCUUAUUUUCAUAAUUUUUCAAAAUGUUAGAUACCUUACUGUUUUUUUUUCUUUCUUCUUUUACAUAACGUGUUUCUUACAUUACCCUUUAAUGGUUGAGUUUAAGUUUAAUAUAAAUUAGUAGUUUUAGCGAGCAGAUUUGGAAAUUAGAAGUGUACACUUGGCAUCUUGGUGGAAUUCAGUCUUAAUUUGUAAUCCAUGUUAUAAUAAAAUUAAUUUUUGAAAUUUAUUGUAGUGUUGAAUAAUCACGAAGCAAAGUGGGCAUUUUUUACUAAUUAUUUAAAUGCUGACUAGCUGCAAUUCUAUAUUUCUUGUGAAAAACGGUGACUCCACAUGAGCAGACAUUAAUUUCUAUGCUUUCGCUAUUUCUCAGUAUCAUACAUCAAUGGAUUCUUAUUUGAAUGAUAAUGAUAAAAGAUUUUGACAGAUGAUAAAGAUGAGGAAGCAAAUGUAAUUAUCUUUGUAAAUAAAAUUAAUGCACAAGCUAAAAAUUAUUAAACAAUUUUUUGGUUCUUCAAGCAGACUAUUAUUGUGUUUCAAAGUUUCUACGACUAAAAAUGUUUAAGUUCUCUUAAGUACUAGAUGCAGAGCUGUGUGCUAGUGCAUAAUUAUUAUAAAGCUGUAUCAUUCAAUUAACAAUUUAAAAAAAGACUCAGCACUUCAUAUCUAUUUAAAUUAAAAAGAGGCUACUCAAGUCUAUUUUAUAAUUUCUUUCUUUCUUGAUAUUAUAACUGAAUUAGUUCAUAGUAAGAAGUUCAUUGUUACGUUAAUUUUUAAUGUUAUUCGAAGUUCUCUGUAUAAGAGGAUGUAAUAGCAAAAAAAAACGAGACAAAAAAACACUUCUUUUUUCUAACUCUGUCAGCUGCAUCAUUUAAAAUUUACGACUAUAUAUUCACUUGUUAUAAUAUUAAAAUAAUUUUAAAGGUAAUUUUUCAGGCAUUUAGUGAGAUAUUUGGCAAACACAUAAAUUUGUGGACAUAUAAUUGCUUUAGUCUUGUAUUUAUAGUGUCUAUACUGUAGGAAAAUAUAUGUGUGUGGUGUGCAAAUGUAUGUAGCUGUAAAUAUUAUCUUACUCCCAAAGAAAUGGUGCUUCUUUAAGGUAUCUUAAAGUUGUAUGUGUCUUGAAUCAAUCAAUGUGAUAUGUCCGACUAUUAUGUGAGUUAGAUCAGUUGUGUGAUCCUUAACUGAACAUAGUAUUAAGUAUUUUUAGCUUUUAAAAAUAAAAUAUAUUGCUAAUAAGGGCCUAUUAUUCAUAAUGUAUACCACAGUUUUCAAAAGAGACUUGUAUAAAUGAUUUUGUAUUUUCUCUUAGCUCUUUGAGACACUAUCUAUAAUUAUUCACUUACAGUUUUCAUAAAUGACAUGUUUAGCUUUGAAUAGUUUUUUUUAAAUAACCAUCUUGACUGUGUAUGCCAUUAUAAUGAUACAAAUAGAAACGGCGCCAGGUUUAGAAUUCACACUUUUUUUUAAAAGAAAAAAAAUCUGAGUUAGUUGUUUUUGUUUACGUAAUUUAGAUUUAAUAUCAGAAAACAAAUAGUUUCAUGUUUUUAUUUUUUUAUUUUUAAAUUCUAAUUUCAAGUGUUUUGGUUUCUACUUGUUUUGAAUUAUUCUAUUUUCUUCUCUUUAUAAUUCUAAUAACUCCAACUUGCAGACAUUUUUUAUAAUUAGAAUGAAAGUCUUGAUUACAUCGUAAAUAAAUAACAUUAAAUAUAUUUUGGGAUAACUCUUAUUUUAGAUACAUUCUGCAUUUAAAAGAAAUCCUGAUUUUAUUUAACUUUUCUUGUUUUCCAGCCUUUGGUUUAUAAUUAAGCGUAAUUUGUUGGAUUUCUAAUAAUUUUAAUAAUUGUCAAUACAUUCCUAUGUCACUAAAAAGGCUAAAAUGACACACUUUUCCAUUUUCAGUGUGUAAGUUAAAAAAAAAAUGAAAGAAUAUUAUUGGCUUUAUCUUAAUAACAGUUCUACUUAGCCCAAUCAUUGAAUUUAUUCUUUAAAAAAAAUUUGCAAAUAAGAUAAGUAUUAUGAUUAUGCUAAAUAACUAAUAUGAUAAGUAAUUUUUGAAAUUAUACAUUUGUGUUUAAAUGUGUGUCAAAAUUAGGUUAUAAAAUUUACUUUUAAAUGCAAAUAAACAUAAUAUAUUAUAUUGUAAGCCAAAACUGCUAUUUUUUUUUCCAGAAAAAAAAAAUCAUUUAAAGAAUUAUAAAAAAAUUUAGUAAAAGGAAAGAAUGUUGAUUUAAAAACUUGUUUUAUAUAGUUUUAAUGACAUUUAUCAGGUAUUUCAUUUUUUUAUUUACUACUAUUAGCAAGGUGCAAAUGAAAAUUAAAAAUUUGGUAUGUUUGCUUAAAGGAAGCUAUUCAAUGAGAGAAAAAGGACAAAAUCAAACUUAUAUUACCAUGCAUGUGACUUAUAAACUAAAUAUAUUUAUGAUAACAUGAAUGAUGAUUAUUUGGAACCAUCUAAGAAUGAGGUUUAAAUGUAAAAAAAUGUGACCAUGUAUGAAAUAUAUUUUGUAUUACAUUGAAUUGGGAUGACUUGCAACCAUGCUAAAAUGAAAAAUUAAUGUAAAAGAAGUGACCCUGCACUUGACCUAAAAUAAAAUAUGUUUGAGAGGAAAUGGAGAUAACUUGUACCUGUGCUAAACCAUAACAUAGAAAUAUAAAAUAUGUGACCAUGUAUUCAACUUACAGAUCAAAUAUAUUUGUGUUAAAGUGAAAUUAAAUAUUAAUAUGACCUAUAAAGGCAAAAGAACUAUAAAUGAUGAAAGCUAUUGUAUUUUGAAAAAGUAGAGGAAAGUUGGAUAAAACCAAAAAAGGACAGUUUUUUGCUAUAUCAGUGGUGCUAUUUGCUUAAUUAUAUAUAUAACAUUCUUUUAUCUUAUGAAGUGUGUGAAAUGACUUUAAACAAAGCAAAAUUUGCUAAACUGUAAAAAAAGAUGUAUAAUAAAGCCAAUAGAGAUAAAUGAGAUUAAAA